AUGGAUACGCAGGAAUCGGGCUCCGAGGAUGAGGAACCUUUGGAAGGGUUAUCUUCUGUCAAAGCUGGAAUUUUUGAAGAAUGCAAACUGGUUUUAGUGGUGCGAACGGACCUGGGGAUGACAAGGGGAAAGAUUGCAGCACAAUGCGGCCAUGCAACUUUAGCGUGUUACAAAACCCUGUUGAAGUCAAAUCCGGCGCUUCUUGAGCACUGGGAACGUACGGGACAAGCAAAAAUCGCGCUACGGUGUGAUUCAGAGGAGGAACUUCUUUUGUUGCAGGCAACAGCUCAGAGUUUGAACAUCUGUGCCAACUCAAUUCAGGAUGCGGGUCGGACGCAGAUCGCGGCGGGUUCCACAACAGUACUUGGAAUUGGACCAGCACCGGUGAAGCUGAUUAAUCAGGUCACCGGGCAUCUAAAAUUGCUAUAA